AUGUCUGACCAUUCACCCCCUCCACCACCACCAGCUCCUCCGUUACCACCUUCGAUCCACAAAAGUCAAUCGAAGGAAUCUUCAUUUAUGUUGAAAGUGAGAGGAGCGUCAGAGGACUGGUUUUACCAAGCUCCCAAACCGCCAGCCCAAACUGACCUCUUUGAGCCCCCAGUAGGACCCUACUUCGUGUAUGGAACAUUGAUGGAUCCAAGAAUGCUAGCCGAUAUCCUUGGACUAGACAAAGAGCCUGAGCUACGGGCCGCCAAAAUCGAAGGUUACUCACGAAAACUUUGGGGGCAAUAUCCUGCUAUACAAGACGGACCGCAAGGUGCAGAGGUUGGCGGUCGCGUCUAUAAUGUGCAGUCCGUUGCCCAUGCAAAGAGGCUUGCAGAGUAUGAAACAAAUAGCUACAAACCUGCACCAUGCCUUAUUCAGUAUACCGAUGGUCGGGAACCGUCGGAGGACUUUGGCCAUGUAUUCCUGUUCGUCGGUAACCCCCGAGAUUUAUGUGACGGGGAAUUUGAUCUGGAACAAUGGCUCAAGCGGAUGGAUCGACAGCCAGCUUCAUGA